AUGUGGUACGAACAGAUUUAUUCCGGUCUUCUGACUUGGGGGCUUGUUGGAGGAGCUCUCUACUGUUCCGGAGUUUUUAAUUACAUCGAUAAUGGCCGUGUUCUUCGCCGCAAUACUGCAUGCGAGCCAAGGUAAGAAUGCGUUUAUUUUUUGUUUGAAAUCAUAGGGCCGAAAGAGCACAGUUCUUUAUAUUAUUCAUCUUCUUUAUGAAAUUUUUAAAAGUGUAAGGUUUAAAGUAGACCACGUGAUGUUGAAACAUGGUGUACUGCAAUGUCUUGCAAAAACGCGAAUGCAUUUUUGAAUGCGGCUUCUUAAUAUCACACAUUAUACGGCAUUCUUGUUUCCGUCAGACAGAAAUUCAGCUUACGUGAUUCUGGAUAAUCAGAUAAUGUUUUACCCAAUCUCUUUUUAUUUGCUGUCCUAAGAUCUAACAUCAAUCGAGAGAUCAAAGGCACUUUUUCAAAAGCACUUUUUUCGGAGAUUAAAGUACAAGAAACACAAUUUUCGUAGCAAUUGACUAGAUAUUUAUUCAUUACAAAUACAAAAAAAUAUGUUCAGGAUUGGACUCACUAAACGCGACCACAACCUCACCGGAAAUUAUUACAGAAUUACUGGUCUGGAGGCCAUUCCCGAUGAAUAG